UUACUGCACUUAUAAUCCAUUAUAACAUUAAAAAAUAAUAGUAAUAAUAUGUGGAUGACAAGUCCAAGAUAUUAGGUAUGUAUGGGACACUUAGCUGCAACUAAAAAUACAUGAGUCGGAAAUCGAUAGUGAUGAUGAUGGUGAUGUCAACGAGAGAUGUCAAUAUUACUAUUGUCCCAACAAUGGUUGAGUAUGAAUGAAGUCAUUCAGAUUACCGACAAAUAUGUAAAUUUCAUUAAAAAAAAAUACUGAAUGCGAUGAUUUUUUUUGACACUGGUCAAGCGCGUUCUGUACAUCAUCGUAAGAAUAAAGGAUGAUUCUUCCCACGUCUCGAGGCUUAGAGGAGAUUUAAACGUCUUUAUCUUUUGGUCAAUUUUAGUCAAACUAACUAUUGAAUUAAAACAGACUAGCAAAGAGUUUAUUUAUUUUUAUUUUUAUUUUAUUUUGAACAAUGCUUGUGUUCAAUAAUUACUGAUUUACAAGAUACUAGUACAGAUCUGUUUUUGUGUACUUUUCCUUCAGAUGAUUAUGCCAUUAAAAUGAGAUAACUAUUUGAAUAGUUAGUAGUCAACCUUUUACUGUUUCGUUAACUCCGGUAAAUUUGUUUCGUCUAUUUUUACAGGCCUAUAAAUAGUGGAGGCUUUCUCGUGCUGCUAAUGAACGUGUUUCCUCGAUUCUAUUGCCACUCCUUUGUUUGUAGAUUUUAUUCUUGUAAUUUACGAUGGAUUUUGCCAUCCUGCGGCUUUUUGUAAUUUUAUUUAUAAAGCCUAUGCGUACACAAUCGGUUGCUAACAAAUGUACAAAAUUGUUGUAUGCAUUCUUACGCUAUGUGUUCUAAUUGUUAUUACAAUAGAGAUAAAGGUACGAACCUUGUGCAUAUGUGUAAAUGUGACUGAAUGUGAACACAAUAUAAACAUAAAACAAAUGGACUCAGCGCAUACUGCACAUCGUGGGUGCUUCAUUAGUUGGAAAAUUAUCUACCUAGUGGCAGUUACUGUCAAAUGGAUAAACAGCGUUCGUUAUUCGUAGAGUCGGGGUGAAGCCCCACUGAAGAUGCUGCCGGUGUUCUCGUUUUGUUUCAUUCAUAUUUCCCUUAUAUAGGAAAUGGCAUUAUGUACAGCCGUGUACGUAGUUCACAUCGUUGUCUUCUCACUACGCUGAUUUUUUAAGCGAUCUUCAUAUCUGACUUUGCCAUUCGCUCGGUAAUGAGUAGUAACACCGAUUAAGGAGACAAAAUAGACUUAGUGAUAUAUUGCCGAUUGUUAAACUUUGUCUUUAAGGACGUCUUUUUUUGCUCACGACAGACUGACACCGAUAGUAAGAACUCGUAGCUCAGUAUUUAGAUUCCAGGGCGUCUGACGAGCUUGCUGAGUCAGUAUCUAUUCGAAAAAUCAUUUAACAGAACGAAAAUAAAUAUAUCAGCGUGCAGUUUUUUUAGCCUGAUCUAGAUGCACUACUACUAAAUGAAAAAUCUCAAAAAGCUGCUGCAAAAAAGGUUUGCGAGCCUCCUUACGCCAUUCUUUGAACUAGAGAUUCAUGUCUGUCCGUAAUGAGAUUAUGUAAUUUACAAGAGGAGUUGAAAAAAGGCAGUCAGUGUCAUUCUAAGAUACUGUGACUUCACUUAUAGAUGUCACACAUUGGCUGACUCUAUGUCAAACAUGACUGUCAUUUGGUAUCUGUGGAAUUAGAAUAUUUAUUAUUUUCAUAGAUCUUGAAAAUGCAGGCAUGUUUAUGUGGAAAUUAAGUUAUUUAUUCGAGCCCGAGCAGUAAAUCGGAUACACCGUUAUAGACUUAAAUUCGCCUUGGAGAAUAACUAAUUUAAGCCAAGUGGGUUUUUGUUAUUAAUGAUCCUUCUUAAUUAGAGCUAAAAGAAAAUGAAAGUGGCAAACGUUACUCGAAAACGUCUCUUAGAGUAGAUUACAUAUUGAGAUUACUUUAUUGCUAAUGUGGAAGUAAGGCAUUUAUGUGCGCCUUUAUUCUAAGUCCAUAGAAUUGAUAUCUGGAACAAUACUUGUUGUUUUUGUAAGCGCUUACCCAGUUGCACCGAUACUUCGGCUGAAUGUAACUUUUCAUAAAAAGCUCGGCACUGUACGUGUAAGUAUAAAAAAGGCAGAUGAAGACCGUACAUGUAGAAACAAUCAAAUCUAAGGAUUAUACGUUUUCUUAUAGUUCGCAUACUUUUAACACUUGACAUAAACGAACAUGACGAUUGAAAAACACUUCUUUUGUAUAAAGGGUGAUAAACUACAUGCAAGACUCUAUUGAAACAAUAGUCUACAGCUUGAUGAUUAGAACGGAAUCGGCUAUAUAACAUGCUUUUUCCUUUAAAAAAUUUGAUGCCCCAUUUUUUUAUCGGUUUUUAUGUAAUAGAAUCGACAAGAUAGUCGCUGGUUCUGUAUGUCGUACUUAGGUGUAUCUGUAAUAUGUAUGUACCUUACAGGAGCUACAAAUCUCGAAAGGGGCAGCAGUAAACCCUGGUGCACAUGAUUACGAUGAGAAAAAGUGCUGAUCCAGUGCACCUAAAGCGUACAUACACAUUCACAUUCUUAAGCGCCGUAGUAAAUCUUAUUAUUGCUUAUGUACAAGUAAGUAAAUUUCUGCAGAAAUGUAUGUCAUGUGGACAAAGAGACUGUACAAUGAUUAGAGCUACUUGACAGACUUACAUAGAUAGAUAGUGUUUGUUACGAAAACAAAUUAAAAACCUAUGAACGUACUUAGAACUAAAUGGGGUAAUUAAGCAGGGACCCAUCCAAUAGCUUUCCAUGGCGAGAGCGGGCGGGGUAGCAAAGCCCCAUAGAUUUCUUCUUACAGCAAGAGUUCAGCAUCUCUAGUAGACAAAAGGAAGUGAAGGAUGCUUUUGGAUUUGGAGGAAAUCUAUGUAUCUGAAUUGUGCAAAGUGUGUUGAAAUUUAUUAGUAUAUAAAUAAAAGUGCAUACUACGAAAACCGCUGCUAUAGGAGGGGACGCAAUACUACCUGAAAGGUCUACAACUAUAUCCCUUAGUAAUUAGCCAACCAAUACUAUUAAUUGGUUAUCAUAAAGAACUUAGCUCUUGUCAACAUUGUCGAUACAUACCUAGCACAUGGAUAAGUGCAUCAUUUUCAAGAUUAUACACGCGAUUAUGAGAGGAUAUACUAAAUAUAUAUAUAAAAAGAUUAGAAAACUAAGUGGAUAAUGAACGAGAAGGACCGGUAUCAUAGGAGAUACUGUACAUAUUUAUUAUUUUCGUUUUCUUUUGUUUUUCUAGUUUGUAGGAGCUAUACUAAUAAAAUGUGCCCUAAAAAACCGCGUUCAUUAGCUAAAGAAAUGAGCUUUGCUGCAUUCACAAAUGUUACAUAAUAAAAUAAUAGUAAUUAAUAUUAUUAUAAAACAUUUACGAUAAGAAUUAUAGCUAUGAUAGGAAUGAAUAAAAUAAUUAUUAUUAAUAGAAAUAAUCUUUAGAGUGGCGAUACAGUUGCAUCGUUUCAGAGUAGAUCAAGAAAAUUUUACUGUGUUUACUAAAUGGUUAGCCUCAGGGGGCAUUCCUAACUACUACACAGAGUGUCCCAAAAAUGUAAUUUUCGUAAAUUUUGUAAACUUCGUAGAUCAUCGGUUUUCUAACGUACUUUUUCUUUAAGAUAUCUUCGCAAGAAAAAGAAAAUUGGCAUUAGAUCUGGAGAGGUGCAGUGUAUUUCAAAGGGAUUUUUUCGUUACACCUCUCUAUUUGUAAAACUCUUUUAUUAAUAUGUGCUCUUACAUCACGAUAAAAGUACACCUGCUGUUGGAAAUAAAACUGGCCAUCUCUACCAAGGUCCUCCCGAAUACUUAAUAAAACAUAGUUUUGAUGUAAAUUGUCAAAAAAUAUUCAAUAAAUUAACGUGUAUACGUUUGUUUGAGGCACACUGUAUGUAUCUCUUGUGUAAGUCGACAGAAAUGUUAAUAAUAUUUCAACAAGUACUUUCUUUACACUGUGCCGGUCGACUUGAUUGCUUAUUGGCUAAUUGCAAUAAGAUAUUAAACGUUGGAAAAUUAAAUAUUAAAAAAGCACACCUUUGACAUUUGGUAAAUUUAGCUGGUUUACUCAAGGUAGGCCGCGAUUAAAAAUCGAUUACAAACCAGUCGCGUCUGUCAUGUCAGUAUGUGUUCCGACAGACCUUCGCCAACUUUACUGAAAACAUAUUAGCAUUACGUUAUUUUGGAGCAAAGAAACGAUUAUUUGAGAAAGGAACGAAUUCAAGAGAGGAGAAAAAAAAACGAAAAAUGUGAAUACAUACAAGUAACGGUAAAUUUGGAUUGAGUAUCAUUCAACAUUUAUGUCAGCUCAGUUGUUAAUUGAAUGAUGACAAUGGCAUAUACAGAUGCAACAAGUGAUUAGAAUCGAGGGUCAAAACUACAAAAGAUAUCUGAAGUUAGUCCAACGCUGCACACGUAAUAGAGGGAAGAGAACACGAAAAAUCACAAAUGGCAAUGUCACCAUGCAGAUGUAGCAAUAUAUAACGUAAAACUGUAACGGUGUCAAAUUCUAAAAUGAAUAAAAAAUAGUUUAUUAUAAAAAUUCAUAUCUGUUGUCAUUCAACUUAACCUUCUUCGGAAUAUACUCUCGGAGCAUGCUUGCGACCUAAUUUUGCUUCCUGUUAGAUAUAUAUAUAUUUUUUUUUCGAAUGGCCAAGUGUUUAGUCCAAAACAACCAGAAGUUUUUGCUGUUUCAAGUCCCAUCUACAACACCUAUUACACAAUAUCUGUAGAUUUCUUGUGUUAUAUAUAUAUAUAUAUAUAGUGUGGAGCGUAUAGAUUGAGAUCUAUGCUUUGUUUCUCAGACCAUCUAAAUAAAGACAGGUAUUUUUAAAAAUAUUAUUCCUGAUGGUACUGGCCAUUUAGUGUAAUCCACCUCGCUGAGAGCUUCAAUUCGGGACUCAAGCUACUGUUAGUAAUCUUCAUAAUGUCUUUUUUUAAUCCGCGAAUUACUUUGUAAUCGUCAAGUGAUACUGCUGGAUGUGAACUCACUAAAGUGUCGUUCAAAUAAGCUGCAUCUGAAAAAUUUCAUACAUUUCAGUUUGAUAGAAGGCUAGAAUCCUAAGAGUACAAAUGUUCAAAAAAAGUCUCAAAAAGACCAACUGCUGAAGGUUCUCUUUGGCAAUUAAUAUUCUUUUCUUUAAAACGGUCCUUACUUUACGUAUUAGAAACCUAGACGUAUCGAAAAUGGCUGUGAGCCAUUUCUUUAGUGAAUUUUCGAGUUCUUCAAAUCCAAGCCCUAUCCCAAAAAAUCGUCCAGCCUUCUGGAAUUCUUUUGUUGUAUUUUAAGCCACACGAAAACUAGCAAUAAUACAGACGAUCGAUUUCGCACGAAGUUUUCAAUUUUUGAUAAGGGAGGGAGAAAUAUUGGAUAAUCGCUGAUCUUAGCUCAAAAUUUUCUAAACACUGUGUUUUGCCGUGAUGAAUUUGUUGUUCUGUUUUAGAUAGAACUGGCUUCUGGCCGGCACCACGAAUAGUGGAUGGACGCAUGUUCGUCACGAAAAGCAACCCGCCAAAGUUUUCACUUAUUUAAAUCUACAAUCCUGUAUAUAGACAUUACAAAGCUUUUUAAAAGGGUUUAUUUAUUAAAGUCGCAUUAUAUAACUGGGCCUGUUAAGAGUAGUAAAGAGAAACCUCUAACAUUUAUGUAAAGGCGAGCAAUCCAACAUUGCAUGAUAGAAAAUUAUUAGCACACCUAUAGUGUUUCACAACGUUUUUCUAUUAAACCAGCCACCACUUUGUGAACUUUUUUCAGAAGCAACGCGAUUUGUUAGAGGUAUCGCUCUACCCGGUCACAUUUAGACGACGCGGGAGGGUUGUGGAAUCUCAAUCGUAAUAACGGCCUAGACGUGUAAAUUAUGGCUAAGAUUGAUCGAAAAACGCAACUGAAACUUAUACAGCAUCGCACUAACUGGAAUCGAAAUUCGAUGAAGCUCAACUGCCUUAGUAAGCUGUGCAGAGUUGUUAAGUUUCUGAAUUCUGUGAAUGUGUGACUUAUGGUGCAAACAACCUGUACAGUUGAAUCCCAACGGAUUGUUCAUCACGACUCGAACCAAGAUCGAUAAAAAGCAGUGAUUUUAUAGACAAGGACUGAUAUUGCUCAUCCCUUGAGUUGGCCCGAAAAUGGUUAGGAUGAAUCGACUCAAUGAAAUCGUCAUGCGACAACAGCAGAAGCUAGACAUCCAACACGAGCUAAUGCUUACGAAGGAAAAACGGCUUGAGGUGCUUCGAGAUGCAGGGAAACUUCACGCUGUUGAGGCGAAGGUUCGCUCACUUCGAUCGCGUCGAGAAGCUGUUGAAGAACAAGAGAAUCGUAACGCUAUGCUACGAGUCGAAUUAGAUAGGCUAGCUGGACUUUUCAGGCAGAAACAGACAGAUCUUAAUGCGCUAGUACAACGCGUUGAGGUUUUGGCUGGCCAGUUAGAUGAACUUGAACGAACUUCUAAUUAUGUUCAGCAACUGCGUGACCGCUUGGAGAAAAAGCGGGCCUCAAACGAAGGCCUUGAUAGUGGAUGCCAGCCUGACAGCCAGCCUUUAAAAUAUAGAAACACUUUGCCACCGAACAGCAGAAUAAAUCGACCUUUUACUGCAGUUGUCAAUCCUCAACCGAGAAGCAGAGAAUCCGAAUCAGGCACAUCUCUUACAAAUGAGUCAAACACCCUCGACACCACUUCAGCCACGUCGACCGCCAUCAUUGGACUAGAGAACUUGAAAAAUUCAAGCGGAACGACUUCAGUUAUAUCAAACGAUAAAGCCUCGAAGAAGAAAACAAAAGAUAAAUCAAGGCGGGUAAGCUUCGAUCCGUUAGCGCUGCUUUUGGACGCAGCUCUUGAAGGUGAACUUGACCUCGUAGCCCGUAUCGUGUCUUCUACAAUGAAUCCACACAAUGACGAUAAAGCAAGCGUCCAACCUACCCCUAUCAUCGAUCGUGGUAAUGACGAAGGCAUCACUGCCCUACACAAUGCCAUUUGCGCUUCGCAUCUUCCCGUUGUUCUCUACCUUAUCGAAGCCGGCUGCGACGUAAACGCCCAGGACGCUGAUGGUUGGACCCCGCUUCACUGCGCUGCAUCAUGUAAUAAUGCCCGUGUGGCAAAGGCGCUUGUUGAGGCUGGGGCGUGCGUUUACGCCAUGACGCACGCUGAUAAGGAGACUCCGCUUGACAAAUGUGAGCGCCAGGAGCCUGGAUUCGAUGAAUGCUUUGAGCUUUUAAUGUCUGCGCAGAAUCAACUGGACGGUCAUGUUCACGCGAUGUUUGCGUAUGAAAAGGAAAAUGACGACGAACUUAGCUAUAAACAGGACGAUGUACUUACGAUACUCAGACGGGGCGAUGGGAAAGAACGUGAGUGGUACUGGUGUAGAGCAGAAACCACAAAUGAGGAAGGUUAUGUAGCAAGAAAUUUGCUCGCUUCGUAUCCCCGAAAACCGAGAAGAAGUGACGUUGACAUAAGUACCAUUGAGACUAUUGCUUCGUCCAAGGACUCAUCUGAGCUGGAUGAUUUCACUGGAUCCACUACGAUAGGUUUGUCAAGCAACGACAUCAGCGCUAAUAAUAAAGAAAACAUCUUAUUAGUUGUCAACAAUAAUAUCCAUAGUUCAGGUCAUAUCCACCAUCAGCAGCAGGAGCAGCAUUCAGCGAACAGUUCACCUAACAUGGAUAUGGACGAAGAUCAUGAAGAAUAGCAGAGCCAUAUUUUUUCGUUUUUAUCAUUAUUAAUCUGUCUAACAUGAAUAUUGAUAUUAUCAUGCGAUAAUAAUUCCAACAAUAGGAAAGGGCGCACGGACAAAAGAAACGACUGACCGUUAGCUCAAUGAGCUUAACAAAGACCCUCUAUUCAAUAACGUUAUUAUUUGUGUUCGUUGCAGGUCUCAGUAUAUUUCCCUUUUUGUCCAAUAAUUAAAAGUAUGCAAAAAUACUUUACGAUAAGAGGAACAUGUAGACACCGUUUUGAUUUUUCGUAUAACAUUGUUGCACGAUUUAGUGACUUGUAGUUCUAUUAUGAUCGACACGUACGUGUUCGACUAUUUCGCCCGUAUCUGUUGAUUGCUUUUGAGCUUUCAUUGGCGUUUGAUCGAUCCUAGAAUCUGGCUCACCAGAAGGCGGGCGAUCUAUCUUUGACGGUGCAUAUGAUAGUGCUAAUUAGAAUAGCCUGGAAGACGGACGCACAGCAUUUCGUCCUCGUCGUCUUCCUUUGUCCGUCGUUGAGAUGGAUUCAUAGCGAAGCUUCGCGCACGAAUAUGUCACUCGAUGUUUUGAUUGAUAUCGACCUGGUUAACAGUAUGUAUACACUAAAUGUAUAUACUCCCUUAAAUAGAUCACUAUUUUCUCUGGCAGUAGCUCAUACCAACAGCAUCAUUCCAUCACAUAUUGACUUUUUUAAGCGUACGGCCUACUACGGCAUUUAAAGCCACAGGUUGACGAUGGGCUUGACUUGUAAUAGCGAGUGGUGCAGUGGUCGCUGUUGUAAGUGAAUCACCUCAACCAUAUGUUGCUGACGUAGGUAAGUGCUUGUUCUUUCAUGAUGAAGUACAAAUGUUACCUGGCAUCAACUUCUUCGUGAUUCGAGAAUACGAUUGUAUAGCUAUCCUCCGAAUCAGGCCGUGAAACCGUUCGAUGGAUGCGGUCGUUAACAAUUACCUUUAUAAUAUAUAGUGCAAGACUCAGUCAUACCUUAAACACGGACAUCCUCUUUUUUAUUUCCCGAACUAAGUGCCACGUGGAGCGGCGACAUGGGGCCGCCGUAAGUCAACCAUACAUUAGCGACUAUGUGAUGUAAGAUGUACCGGAAAAGUCUACUCGUGUCACAAUGGCCACAGAUAAAUUACAAUAGCGUUAGUAGCUCUGAUCAACGAUACAACGAUAUUUAUGGUUCUAUUGAUAUUGUCAAGCCGUAAAAUCUCGCAGCGCGUUUAUAGCUAUGUACAGUAAAAAUAAAUUUACAGGUUUUUUUUUUACAAAUGGUUCUUUAAUGUAUAUGUUCUACCUUAAAUGUUAGGUAUAUCAUUGAUGAUUACUGUGACGGUUGACGAUACGAAGCUUCAAGGCUAUGCAGAUAGUAGAGGAUUGACAGUUUCCGUUCUCAAAACUACGUUGAGUAGAACGUUUAGUCUUAUCUUUAGUAGAUUAUAGGGAAUACGGUUAAAUAUAUCAGCGUAGAUAAGCCGAUAGCGCCGAGCGCUGCUAAAGUUAAACGCAAGCACUUGAUCGACGUUCUUCUCAAUAUCAGUUCCAUAGUUUCGGAAUAUUAUCCUCUUGCAGACGUUCAUAGCUCUCCUUGUGGUUCAUAGUAUGAGUUGUUCUUCAGAUUUACGGAUUUACCUAUUCGCUUCGUAGUAGACUUCGGAACACGAGGUUCUAAGAUGUCUUUAUUCAAGCUAGAUCUCUAAACGUAAUUUUGCUUUAAUCAUUAAAAACACUGACACUUCAACCAUUUGAUGGUCAACUAUUUUAGCCAGCCGGGACCGAUAGUGCGAAUUUUUGCGGAUAACGUUAUUGUAUAUAAUCAUAACGAUACAGGGAUAAAUUUAAGUUAUAACUCGAUUUAUUUAAAUCUAGGAUUUUGACGUGACAAAAUGUGUAGGCUAUUCAUAGGAACAACAAUUAU